AUGGAGGGCAAGCAGACGUGCAACGCGCAGCAAGACAGCGGCGAGAACGCGCCGAUUGACCGCAUUGGCGGCGUGAUCUGUUCGGACCUAAAGGGUCCGACGGAGGACGCAGCAGCAAAGCAUUUUGAGGCGUUCCUGACGCACUUCAAGAAGCAAUUCGACUGUAGGAUUCACGUAUAUUGCACCGACGGCGACGGCGAGUACGCCAACGUGGACCUUUUCUUCAAGCGCACCGGAGUGGAGCGGCAGAUCUCGGAGGCGAGGAACCGAGCGUUUGUGUUCGCCUGCGCGCUGUUACUCAACUUCUGGGGCGACGCUGUGUUGUACGCGGUCUACGCGCUAAACAGGAGCCCGACGCGCUUAAACCCAAAGCGUGUGUCGCCGCUCAAAAUGCUGACGGGUACCGCGCUUGACUUGCGGCAGAUCAUCGUCUACGGGUCGUGA